GGUAUUACUGGCAAAACAUAUUUGACCUGUUUGAUGCUGUCCAUUGAAACAUGCACAAUUUAAUAUGGGGGGGGGACAGACUGAUGCCAUAUAACAUUUAGUCAUUUGGCAUUUAGAUGAUAGUAAUAAGACACCAAAUCUUAUUUCAAACAAGUGAAAUAAAUAAACUAUUUUGCAGACUGGGUGACAUCAUUAAUUAAAUCCACCAGAUGGCAAUAACAAUCCUAAAUGUUUCGCCACAACUGAGUAAGUUAAAGAAGAACCCGCCUGAGUUUCACGUGAUUCAGUCAAACAAAAACAUUAUAUUAAAGAAUCAACUUAUUUCUAAACAUUGAGCUAAUUAUACAUUUUUAUAUAUCUGAGGCAAAUACUACUGCGGAAAAUGUAAUGCGUUUAGACAUUGGGCGCAGACCUCGAGCUUUACAAUUCGAUUUGGGAUUGAAUUAGAUGUUUGGCUACUAAGAACAGACAGACUGAUGUGAUAAAAACUGAUCAGUUAUCUAUAAACCGGCUUUAAAUACUAACGCACCAUGAGAAGAAGACCGCAGUCUGAAGUUUCGGCACCUGUUCAUCUCAGGACUGGGAGCGCGAAUGUAGUUUCUGCAGCAACGCAGUCACAGUUUCACAUGGAUCUCUGGCUGUGUUUCACUCUACAGAACUGGAUACUGGACUUUGGGAGACCAAUAGCUAUGAUUGUCCUACCUUUGGAAUGGUUUCCUCUAAAUAAACCCAGUGUUGGGGAUUAUUUUCAUAUGGCCUACAAUGUUAUUACACCCUUCCUAUUACUGAAGCUGAUUGAGCGGAGCCCCGCGGCCCUUCCUCGCUCAGCGGUUUAUCUCAGCAUCAUCACUUUUGUCAUGGGUGCCAGCAUUCACCUGGUGGGAGACUCCAUCAACCAUCGGCUCAUCCUCAGUGGAUACCAGCUUCACCUUUCUGUCAGAGAGAACCCUAUCAUCAAGGAUCUAAAGCCUGCCUCAUUGAUUGAUUCCUUUGAGCUCCUGUAUUACUAUGACGAGCACUUAGGACAUUGUAUGUGGUAUAUCCCAUUCUUUCUCAUCCUCUUCUUGUAUUUUACUGGGUGCUUUACACAAGUUAAAGACGUGAGGAUGCCUCUGUCAGGUUGGCUACUACUUGGUCCCAGUGCAGUCUACUACUGGUAUCUGAUUACUGAGGGACAGAUCUUUGUGUUGUUCAUCUUCACAUUUUUUGCCAUGGUUGCCACUGUGAUGCGUCAGAGGCAGAUGGGCUUUAGACUAGACAGCAAUGGCCGUUUUCUCUUCUAUAACUUUAUCAUUACUCUGGGAUUAGUGCUGAUUUGGGUCGCAUAUCUGUGGAAUGACAAGGUCUUGCGCAAAAAAUAUCCUGGUAUCAUUUAUGUUCCAGAGCCUUGGUCCUUUUACACUUUACACAUCACAGGCUAAACGUGUUGUACUAAGAUUAACUAAUAAAGAAAUUAUAUCACUUUCGGUUGUGAUCAGGAACUGACAUUCCUGUAAAAUCUCCAAACGUCCAGUUACUUUGAUUUUCUUUUAAAAUUGAAUAAUAAAGACAUCUUAUUCACUGA